AUGUCAACAAGAUCUAAUACAUCUUUGGAUAUACCUCUUCGUCCAGGUGGAUCAUUCAUUCGAACCACUCCUUCUGAAAGUCGACCCUCAACCUCAGACACGACUGGGUGGAGAUCUGGUCAAACAUUCCAUACUUCCGCUGGGUCAUUCACCUUCAAUUCGGAUGGGACCUUCAGAUACGCUCCUUUAGGUACCGAUUCGCGUCCUAUGUAUAAUAAGGCUGAUUAA